ACCUGGGACUAGGACCUUCUUAGGACAAUGACAAUACUGGCAGCAACCAACUUCGUAAUUAGCUGUUAAUCCAUCCCAGACAUCUCACACAUUCGGCUCGACAAACCUCCUUCUUCUGCCCGUGUCUGGUCCACCGAGCCCGAAUCCCUGCUGACAAUCGGCCAGUACAGCUGAACACUUCUGGAGCUAUCCCAACGGCAAGGUCCAGCGUUGCGACGUCCUCCCCCCGAUCGCCCACUUCCAUCGGCCCGUCGUCCGUCGCGAAGAAUCCCAACCGCCAUGGCGCCCCGAAUUGAGCCCCAGGAAGUUGAAACUUACUGGAACAUCUUCGCGACGCGGUCCGGCGGAAGCAAAUACCUGACGGGGGAACAAGCUGCUCCGGUUCUUAAGAACAGCGGCCUCAGCGAUAUUCAGCUCGAACGGGUUUGGGAUCUUGCAGAUAUCGACAACGAUGGGAACCUCGACUUUGAAGAAUUCUGCGUAGCCAUGCGCAUUAUCUUUGAUAUUCUGAAUGGCGAAUAUGCCGACGUCCCCACGAUUAUCCCCGAUUGGCUCGUCCCCGAGUCAAAAGCCCAUCUUAUACAGGCCAGCAAAGCUCUCACUGGAAAUCAACCUCAGUUUGAGCAGGUGGACGACGACUCGGAUACACCGGGCCUCAAAGAUGGCUUCGAUUGGUACAUGAGCCCACAGGACAAGGCCAAAUACGAAGCGAUAUACCUGGAGAACCGCGACAUGCGAGGCGAAAUAUCAUUUGAAUCACUCCAAGAUCUCUACGAAUCCCUCGAUGUCCCGGACACGGACAUCCGGUCCGCGUGGAAUCUCAUCAACCCUUCGGCCGGCUCCACCAUCAACAAGGACGCAUGCCUUGCCUUUCUCCAUAUCCUGAACAACCGCCACGAGGGCUACCGAAUUCCCCGGACAGUGCCCGCCUCCCUGCGAGCGAGCUUCGAGAGGAACAAGAUCGACUAUCAGCUCGACAGCAACCGACCGGGCGCCUCGCGCUGGGCGACCAAGGCCGACGAUUCGACCGCCACGGGCCGUAAGACCAAGUUCGGGGACCAGUACCUGACCCGUCUGGGCCGCAGCGGGUUCAAGUCGAGCGGCACCGACUUCGGCUCGGCGGCGAAGAUAGACGCCGAGUGGGACGAGGUCCGGCUGAAGCGGCAGCUCCAGGAGUUGGAAGAGAAGAUCGCGCGGGUGGAGGCCGACGUGGAGCGGAAGAAGGGCGGCAAGCGCGACUCCAGGCCGGCCCUCGUCAAGCGCGAACUUGAGCAGCUGCUCGACUACAAGCGCAAGGAGCUGCGAGAGCUCGAGGAAGGUUCCGGGAAGAGCAAGGUCGGAAGCAGCCUCAAGGGCAUCCAGGAGGACCUGCAGACGGUGCGCGAACAGGUCGAAGGUCUCGAGUCUCAUCUGAGCUCAAGAAAUCAGGUGCUGGAGCAGCUACGGAGAGAGAUCGAAGACGAGAGGGCGAGCAGGUGAGGCGCGAGGCGUGAGCGACGGGAAUAAGACACCCCGUAAAAGACGAGACGAGAACAUGCCCUUUAAUACAGUCACUUUUGUAUACAGAAACUUUUAUUCAGCAUGUUUAUUGAGGGUGAACGGUGGAAUCGUCGCAUGUACCCCUUUUUUACCCUGUUUUACGGCUGCAUGUAAUAAAAGACGAUGGGUGGGGUUCGUAUUAAUGGGCACUCGGUGAACGGGGUAGGUAAAUGGAGAGAUGCAUUUCUGGAAGCACAUUUGCCAUGCCUGAUCGACGAACG